AUGGGAGCUGAUACAACUACAAUUCUUAGUAUUGAUGGAGGAGGAGUUAGGGGGAUCAUCCCUGGGGUCAUUCUUGAUCAUCUUGAAUCCAAACUCAAGGAAUACGAUGGGGAAAAUGCAAGGCUUGCAGACUACUUUGAUGUGGUCUCAGGGACAAGCACUGGUGGUCUUAUUACCACAAUGAUAUCAACACCCAACGAUAAGGGCCGCCCUUUAUUUGAUGCCAAUCAGAUUGUGCCUUUCUACAAACAGGAAUGCCCAAAAAUUUUCUCAAACUCUGGCUCAUUAUUUGUAGGCUCACCAACCUAUGAUGGUAAGUACCUUCACGAACUGCUAAGAAAAAUUCUCAAGGAAAAACGUCUGAGCAGUACUCUGACAAAAGUGGUCAUUCCUGCAUACGACAUCAAGAAACUCUUGCCAAUUGUUUUCUCCUCUUAUGAGGUGGAUAAUCAUGGAGAACUGAAUGCUCUUCUAUCAGAUAUUUGCAUUAGCACCUCUGCAGCACCAACUUACCUUCCUGCUUAUAAGUUCUCUAACAAAAAUGCAGAAUUCAACAUGAUUGAUGGAGGUGUUGCCGCAAAUAAUCCGACUAUGGCUGCUAUUACGGAAGUUGUGAAAAGUAGGGCGAGAAAAGCUGAGUUAGAAAAAGGAAAAGGAAAAGGGAAACGAAAAAGGGAAGAAGAGAGCAGUGAUUUGAUCAAUUCUUCUCGUCUUCUUGUACUGUCCUUAGGAACAGGUGCUGCAAAGAAAGUAGGGAAAUAUGAUGUUGAAACGGUUAAUAACUGGUGGGUUAUUGAUUGGAUAAACAAUCCCUCCUGGAAUUUGUUCUGGAAUCCAGACCGUCCAAUUCUUGAGAUCUUGUCCGAUGGAAACUCAGAUAUGAUUGAUCACUACACCACAAUGUUUUUCGAUUCAUUUCAUAAUCAUGAAAACUUCCUUCGUAUUCAGGAUUCUGCAUUACCAAAAGAACUUGCUGCGAUGGAUAACGCUAGCCCUGGAAACUUGGAGAAACUGGAGCAGUACGCCAAAGACUUGUUGAAAAGGCCAGUUACACGCCUCAAUCUAGCUACCUCUGAACGUAUUACUGUGAAUGAAAAUGAAACCUAUGAAGUAGCACUCGGAAAGUUUGCAGAGAAGCUUAUUGCCAUAAAGAAAAGUCGAGCCAAAUUAGUCGAUCCACAACAAGGCUAUGCAAUGGCGUUGUAUUAA